AUGCAGUUCAUCACCGUCUUCAUUGCUACCCUGGCCGCCGUGGCCUCUGCAUCCCAGACUGCUGAGAAGCGUUCCUGCAUCGCCAACUACGAUGUUGCUUGCCAGAGUGGGGGCACCCCUUGCUGCGAUGGCUGGCAGUGUGUUGGCGCCACUCAGUGGAGUGACGGUGUUUGCAUCCCCAACUAA